AUGAGUGUCAUCACCAAGCGCGAAGAUUUGCACCAUGUCGAAUACCCAGUGCUUUAUCAGGUGGAGUUCAUCAACCACUCUGGUCGCCUCUUUAAAGGUUACGUGCUUGGCGACGUCAUCAAUGUGGCGGAGCGACGCUCACUGCCCAACCUCGUGGCCGGAACUGCUCAACACGUGCACUUCGACACCCAGCAGAACUACCCUACGAGCAAAGAUUUUCACCCUCAUGUCGACGACAGCGCGCCACCAGAAGAAGUUGUCGGCAGGCGAACACAGGAAGAAAUUUUCAGGGCGGUGCGCGCGAUCGGCGAACAUCUUCGUGAAGAGCUGAAACUGACGCUGUUUGGCUUCGACGUCAUUGUGGCAGACGAUGGCUUGCAUGAGCUCUAUGUGAUUGAUGUCAACUACUUCCCGUCUUACAGAGAGCUGGACGAUCUGGGCUCCGUGCUCAGGAAGCACAUCAAACAGCAGUGCGGUCGCCAGUGA